UAAAAAGUGACCCUAAAUAUUAGUGGUGUCGUUACGAAUGGUGGACAGUUUUUGAGGGGUUUUCAAUCCUUGUUUCUAAGAUUGCAGAUAGGACAUAAUUGUUUUAGCAAUGACAUCGUCUCCACAAAAAGGUAUAUACGUCCGCCUCAAGACCAAAAUGAACACUGCAUAUUACACCGACACCAAAUAUCUCGAGAGCUUCAGAACCAUGGCUUCAGCCCAUCUAUCUGGUCCAGGGGAAUAUAAAAGUCUUCCGUUUCUGGAUAUAUGUGAGAAUUUGGAAGGAAACGGACAUAUUGGCUGGAAUAAGCUCGGGAAUCUAAAAGAACUUGUACAAAGUACGACUGGAGGACAAGAGCAACUUCUUUGUAUGAUUAACGAUGCUGAAAAAGAAAUACAGGAGAGUUUGUCAGCAGGUUUAGCUAGUCCUUUGCCACCGGAGAGGGAUGCACCGAAACGGAGGAUGAAAGGUUUAGCGAGCCGUUUGCCAUCGGAAAGGGAUGCAAAGAAGUCGAGGCUGAAAGAUGAGGAAAUGGUAGUGCAAAUGGAUAAAGAUGUAUUUAGAGUGAAAGAAAAGGAUGCAGCUUUCUUGGAAUGUAGUGUAGAUCCUGAACCGAUAAGAGUCGUAUGGAAAAAGGGGGAAAAAAACCGAGUAGACGAGAGAAUCAUAAUAAACAAUAAGAAAUACUUUGGUGCAGGUCCAUCUUCACCAGCGCUUGUGAUAAAGGAAGCUGAAAAAGCAGACCAGGGCUUCUACCAAUGUAUUGCCAAAGCUAUUGAAAUAGAAGUCAAAGGCAAAGCUGUUCCAUUAGAAGUGGAUUCGGAUGAGGAGAGAGGGAGCAAUAAACACGGAACACAUCGAUCCCAAUCUGCAUCAUCUUCAGGAACAGAAGGGUCGCACAUUGAUAGAAACAGCAAAUCGAGCUCUCGUUCACAGGACAACCACAUGGAAUUUCGCAGUUUUUCACCCGAAGAUAGGCAUCAAGGGAAACAAAACACCAAAG